AUGUUUGAAAUCAGCCGAACUCUGAACGCUGCAUUGUUGAGCAAUGAGUAUCUCAGGAUGAUGGUGAGGUACUCGCAGAAUUUGGGACUAGCCCCAGCUGAAGGUUCCAGCCCUGGGCUGCCCUCCUUGGUUUUACCCAGAGAUCUCCCAUCCAUCCAGAUGGGCUCCAGGUCACUAUUGGGAUCCACAGAGACUCAAUGGCGUCAGGCUGACCUGCCGCAGCUACAGGGCUGGACAGAGAAGGGAUUGCUGACACAGCCAAAGAUGAUAAUCAGCAACAUGGAGCCUCAGGUGACGAACGGGCCGAACCCGGCCACGGCCAACGGACCCUCCAGCAACAGCCGUAGCUGCCCCUCCCCCAUGCAGACGGGAGGCUCCAACGAUGACAGCAAAACGAACCUCAUCGUCAACUACCUGCCCCAGAACAUGACCCAGGAGGAGUUCCGCAGCCUCUUUGGUAGCAUCGGAGAGAUCGAGUCCUGCAAGCUGGUUCGGGACAAGAUCACAGGGCAGAGUCUUGGUUAUGGUUUUGUCAACUACAUUGACCCAAAGGAUGCAGAGAAAGCCAUUAACACAUUAAACGGACUCAGACUUCAAACCAAAACGAUCAAGGUGUCAUACGCACGGCCCAGUUCAGCCUCUAUCCGGGAUGCAAACCUGUACGUAAGUGGCCUCCCCAAGACCAUGACCCAGAAGGAGCUGGAGCAGCUCUUCUCCCAGUACGGACGGAUCAUUACCUCCCGUAUCCUGGUGGACCAGGUCACUGGCCCCACAGGUGGUUCCCGGGGUGUGGGGUUCAUCCGCUUUGAUAAGAGGAUAGAGGCGGAGGAAGCCAUCAAGGGGUUGAACGGGCAGAAGCCUUCUGGAGCUGCUGAGCCCAUCACCGUCAAAUUCGCCAACAACCCCAGCCAGAAAACCAGCCAAGCCCUGCUCUCCCAGCUCUACCAGUCUCCUAACCGCCGAUAUCCAGGUCCCCUCCACCACCAAGCCCAGAGGUUCAGGCUGGACAAUUUGCUUAAUAUGGCCUAUGGCGUAAAGAGAUUUUCACCAAUCACCAUUGAUAGUAUGACCAGCCUGGUUGGGAUGAAUAUUCCAGGUCACACAGGCACGGGCUGGUGUAUAUUUGUGUACAACCUCUCUCCAGACUCAGACGAGAGUGUGCUGUGGCAGCUGUUCGGGCCCUUUGGGGCGGUCAACAACGUCAAAGUCAUCCGCGACUUCAACACCAACAAGUGCAAGGGGUUCGGUUUCGUCACCAUGACGAAUUAUGACGAGGCAGCCAUGGCGAUAGCCAGUCUGAACGGAUACCGGUUGGGCGACCGCGUCUUGCAAGUCUCCUUCAAGACCAACAAGACCCACAAAUCCUGA